CGUGUUUGUUUGCGUCCCUGUUUGCUCCAAGUUAGGUCAUUUAAUUUAAAAGUAAUGAUUUCCACGUUGGUUUGGAAAAGUAUGAGAAAAUAGUGCGUGGGUUUUAGAUGGAAAAACACGAACAAAAGAGUUUUGUAACAAGUUUUUUUUCUGAAAAGUGAAACGUGACAACGUCAGUCGAAAGACAGAAAUGUGCUUUUAAAAAAAGAGUCGAAUUUAACGCGUCAGCUCGUUUGAAUUUUAAGUCAGGAAGUGAGCCGCUCAAUGCGGAAGAUAAUAAACAGCGCGUGCUGCGCGCGAGCUCAGACGCGCGAGCCAAGCCAAGCAUCAAGGAGGGGGGUCCGUCAACGGCUGCUCACAGAGGAGCCGCGGAAGCUUUUUUUUAAGACGUCCAACCCCCCCGAUUCAGAACACCUGAAAGGAGCGGCGGAGACUUCCAACAUCCAACCGGAGAACGUCUGAGCCCCCCGAAAGUGAAAUGACCAGAUUUCUAGGUUGAACCGCACGUCGCCUCCGCGUCCAACAUCCUCAAUGCCCAAAGAGAGCAGGAGAAAGUCCUCCCAUGACUUCGGACACUCCCGAACCGGAGCGAACGAGGGCGGGGGCCGCAGGGGGCCGAGUGCGAAGCAGACGGCGCAAGGUUACGAUGAGCGCGCGCUCAAAGGCGCUCCGGCUCCUGCCGCCGUGAUGGACGCCUCGCGGGUACCGCAGGUCACCAUCACCCCGGAGGGAGGCGGCUCCUCCCGGGAGAUCCCGCAGGAGGACUGGGACGUGGUGGAGAGCAACCUGCGGAGAAAGCUGUCCACCUCCUCCAUCUCCUCCACCGGCUCCUCCGCCGUGGAGUCCGAGGAUGACUUACUGAGCGACAACGAGAGCAAAAGCAAGGGAAUAGUCACUUUAGAGCAGCUGGAUGGCGGAGAGAACAAAUCGUGGUGGAAGCUGAAGGCGUUCGUCCGCUGGCCCUUCAACGCCACGCAGCGGAAAAAGCUCAGCUGGGUUCAGCUCGCCGGCCACAAAGGCAACUUCAAAGCGGCAGAUGAGGGCAGUAUUCUUAAAAAGUUCUCUGAGAACGAGAUGGAGUGCUUUGAGAAGCUGAGGGAUGACGCGCUGCUCCCGUUUGUGCCCGGGUACCACGGCGUGGUGGAAAAGGACGGCGAGUCCUUCCUGCACAUGACCGACCUGCUGGCGACCUUCGACCUCCCGAAUGUGAUGGACUGCAAGAUGGGAGUGAGGACGUACCUGGAGGAGGAGCUUGUGAGAGCCAGAGAGCGGCCCAAGCCGCGGGAGGACCUGUACAAGAAAAUGGUGGAGGUGGACCGCGACGGUCCGACUCCUCAGGAACACUCCCAAAGGGGCGUCACCAAACCUCGAUACAUGCAGUGGAGGGAGACCCUGAGCUCCAGCAACACUCUGGGCUUCAGGAUAGAAGGCAUCAAGAAAGAUGAUGGAACAUGUCGCACCGACUUCAAGAAAACCAGGAAGAAGCAGGACGUCAUCCAGGUCUUCAAAGACUUCGUCAGUGGAGACCUCGGCCUCAUAAAGUCGUAUUUGACCAAGCUGGAGGAGAUCCGGCAGGCCCUGAACACGUCGGAGUUCUUCAAGCGGCACGAGGUCAUCGGCAGCUCCCUCCUCUUCAUCCACGACAGCACCGGUAAUGCACAAGUCUGGAUUAUUGACUUCGGGAAGACCACCGCGCUGCCGGAGGGUCAGACGCUGCAGCACGACGUCCCAUGGCAGGAGGGGAACCGGGAGGACGGCUACCUGUGGGGGCUGGAAAACCUCAUGCACACCUUGAGGUCCGUCGUCGAGGAAACGGCCAGCGAGGACAGUUGCUAAGACAACAGCGCCACAAACACGAGUCCACCGACUCCCCGCUACUUUAAUGGACUCUACGACAAGAGACUGUUUUGGGUUUCAGACAAAGGUGUUCAGUGGUGUAAGGAGCACCCUAAACAGCACCCUCUAGUGGACAGAUUUAGCACUGACAGAAGAGAUGAGCACUGAACAGAGAACUCCUCUCGCCAGCGAACACACCGACACUAAUUCAUCUUCCUGAAUAGCAAACAGAAGUGAAAGUGCAGACAUCCUCGUCAGCUUUAGGAGCAGAGAGUUGAAAUGUGAAGAGAAUCCUCUAAACCAUCACAUCACUCGGUCCUCCGAAGCUCUACGGGCAGGAAACACCCACCGCCAGCGUAACUCACGCCUGGUGUGGCGCUGCUCGCCAUCACUGCAUUAAAAGCACCACUUUUUAUCAUCGUAAAGCAAGAUCUUCUUGCUUUUUUAACAACUUUUUUUUUUAAUUACUCUUUUAAUCUUUAAAUCAAACUUUACUGACUAUUGUAACACUCCAUGGUGCACUUCUUCCUUUAGAACAUGUAAGUUUGGGCCAGCACGGAGCUCAGAGUACGAUCAGUGUUGAGCACAUUAAAUGGAAGCUUGUACAAGAAAAAUGUCGUCUGGUUUUUUAAAAAUAAUUUUUAUGCUAAGACAAAAAGAAGAGCUUAAGCAAAUCAAACAGAAAUUAAUAUCUUAUUUAUUUGGAAUACAUUUACAACGAAAAGCAAUAAAAAUAUACUUAGUAUUUUGUAUUCCAGUGAGGGAGCAACUUCCAAAUAGAUUUUUCUACAAAAUAUUUCCCAAUCAGUAAUCUGUUAUUAAUGGCACUUUUUUUUAAAGUUUCAUUAAAACUGUUCAUAUUUUAAAGCUUUAAUGUCUGCAGUUGGAAAGUAAAAAGCAAUAUCAGCGAGUCUGAGUGUAAAAGUGAUUAUUAUAUUUAUUUAUUUAUUCAUUUCCAAUAAGAAAAUUAGCCAAACACCAAAAAAGAGACAGGCAGCACCUAUUUCCUUACAAGCAAAAUGCACCCCCUUCUGGUUAAAUACAGGUACUACAACACUAAAUCAGACUUAAAUAAACUAAGAAAAAAAAAAAAAAAAAAA